AUGCCCGCUGCACCGGUGACUGACAUAAACAAAGUCGUUGGAGACAUCGACAAGCUGUCAUACAGAUCGUACGCUCCAGAGUUUUCCAAAGAGACAGAAAAGCAACUCGUCCGAAAGAUCGACAGACGGCUUCUCCCUCUUGUCGUCAUCAUCUAUCUAUUCAACUAUCUCGAUCGUAACUCCAUUACCCAAGCCCGCCUUUAUGGGCUCCAGGAGGAUACCCAUGUUACCGGGGCUCUCUACCAAACAGCCAUAUCCACCUUCUCCGCCGGAUAUAUCGCAAUGCAGUUGCCUGCAACUAUACUUAUGACCAAGCUACGCCCCUCUCUAUAUCUUCCUAGUUGUAUUAUCACUUGGGCUAUUGUCAGCGGCUGUACCGGUGCAACAAGCUCAGCAGGUAGCCUUCUUGCUGUCCGCUUUCUCCUCGGUGUUGUAGAAGCACCGUUUUUCCCGGGUGCCGUAUACUUGCUCAGCUGCUGGUAUACCAAGCGCGAACUAGGCGUUAGAAUGGCUCUGCUAAUAUGUGGACUGUUGCUGUCCAACAGUUUUGCGGGUCUCAUUUCCGCUGGCAUUUUGUCUGGCAUGAAGGAUGUUGGGAAACUAGCUGCAUGGAGGUGGCUGUUUAUAUUGGAGGGCCUGGCUACAAUUGUCAUAGGAUUAUGUGCCAUGAUUUUUCUCCCAGACUACCCCGCCACCACAAAGUGGCUCUCGGAAGAUGAGAAAGUCGUCGCACAGGGACGACUGGCUGCAGAUGCCGGCAGCGACGAUACGCUAGGAGAAGAAGAUGUCAAGAUAUGGAGCGGAAUCGUCCUCGCAUCGAAGGAUAUACGGGUAUGGCUGUUCGCGUGCCUACAGAUGGCAACUACAGCAUCAAUAUCCUAUUCUCACUUCUUCCCGACACUUAUCAAACAGAUUGGUUUCAAGAACAACACUACGGUACUAUUGCUCACGUCACCCCCCUAUAUGUUUGCAUUCAUCUGGGCCCUCAGUUUCGCCGUCAUCGCCGACAAAAAACAGAAUCGAUCUAUCGGCGCUGGAAUAUCGGUUGUUGUAGCCAUGCUGGGAUCGAUACUCAUGAUGACCAUCCUCCACAACCACUGGGCCAGGUAUGCAUUCACUUUCCUUGUUUGUGCUGGCACCUUUGGUGUCUACUCCACGACCUAUACCUGGCUAUCUUCGACUAUACCUAGACCACCAAUCAAGCGAGCUGCGGCGAUCGGUAUUGCUAACACGUGCGCAAAUACGGCGUCUCUGUUCGCAAACUACUUUUGGCUUGAUCGAUAUCAACCCGAAUUUACCGUGUCGUGGGGUUGCACAUUGGCGUUCCAGGCACUGGCAUUCUCGUCCAUCCUAGCCCUGUGCUUCCUUUUGCGGCAUGGUAACAAAGAAUUCGAGAGGUUAUCCCGGACCACUGAUUGCAAUGAUGCAGAUGCUGUAGCACGAUUGGGCGAUGACUCACAACGUGCUAUUUUGAACGGGUUCCGUUAUAUCACAUAG